AUGGCGUGGGAUGGGCCUUACAGUUUCAGGGUCUUUUCCUGUGCUGGGCUUGGGGUCUGUCCUGGGCUGGUGCCACAUGUGAGGCCGGGUCCUGCCAAAGCCGCCGAGACGUUUCGCAGGAUAUGGGGCUUCAAGUCUGUGCUCAAGCAUGCAGUCCUGGGCGGUUUCAAGGCCUACGAGUUCGGAAUCCCACGACCAACUUAUGCCUGGCGCUCAUGGAUGCCGGUCCGGCAGAUGAUGCUGCCCGACAUGCAAAGCGUGCGCCCGCUGCGGCGGAACCUCACUCUGGUGCAGAACCAUGUGCACCGUGGGGAUGCCCUGUUGUCUCGCUACCUUCGGCAAGCUGCCCUCCUCUUCGGCCUGCCCGGAGGCCUCAACUCCUACACCACGCCGGCGCUUGCCGUAGGUUUGGAAGCGCAGUCCAAGCAUCACAUGUUGAACGUGGCCUGGAUGGGAGCAGGCUUCGGUUAUCACUUCGAUCCCAGUGACGCAAUCAUCCUCCAGGUUGAGGGCAACAAGCAGGGCCCUCAAACGACCUGGGAGAUCUGUGGCCGCAGAUUUCCAAAUGCCUUCAGCUUUGCGAACCUCACCUACAACCAGGCCAUGCCGCGCAAGAACCCCUUUUGGAUAGCUUUCCUCUGCGGCUAUGGCUAUGAUCAAGUCAGCCUUCCAACCACGACCUAUCACUCGAACAAAGCUUUGUCCAUCCACCUGACCAUGUCGCUGAAUCGGCAGCGUGGUCCUCGGCUGAAGCUCCGGCCUACGCCGCAGUCAGUGGGCAUACGUGGGCAUAUGAUCAACCCAUCGAAAGAGUUUGGCUUCGCACGGUCCCUGGCCGAUCUGUGCAGCAGCAUGGCGGCCUUGCACGCCGUCCCCCAGUCGCUGCGCUGCCGCCCGCGAGGCAAGCAGCGCUUCUGCCCCGCCUGGCGUGGUUUUCUGGACGACGGACUCGCUGGCAAGGCCCUGGCAAAAGAUCCACCUGGCUUGCCGGAG